AAACCAAUCGUGAGAAAGAUUAAUGUGAUCUAGUGGUAGCAAUUUCAAAAGCGUGGAAGAACAGAGAAAUGGGAGGGCCAGGGCGGUGCUUGCUGGUUACGGGGCCUCCGGCUGUGGGCAAAACCACUCUGAUCGUCAGGGUAUUUGAGAUGCUUAAAGCCUCUAACCCUAACUUGAAGAUCAAAGGCUUCUAUACUCGAGAAGUCAGGCAAGAAAGCCAGCGUGUUGGCUUUGAAGUCGUUACCUUAGAUGGCCGAACAUCUCCCCUUGCUUCGAUCUCUGUGUCCAGCUCAGAGUCUUUAAGAUGGCCCACUGUUGGGAGGUAUAAAGUUGAUAUAGCAUCAUUUGAGUCAUUGGCAUUGCCAGAAUUGCAGGUUGAAAAAGAUACAGAUCUGUUCAUCAUAGACGAGGUUGGGAAGAUGGAAUUGUUUAGUUCAUCAUUUUUCCCGGCAGUUCUUAAGGUUUUGGAAUCAAAUACUCCAGUUUUGGCUUCAAUCCCCAUCCCCAAGUCUGGACGGGAUAUACCUGGAGUUGCAAGGCUGAGAAAUCAUCCAGGGGCAAAUAUAUUUACGUUGAAUCCAAGUAAUAGGGAUGGUGCUACAGAGCAAGUUCAUGCCCAACUGUUGAACAUGCUGGAACAGCAGCAUCAGCAGCAUCAGCAGCAUCAGCAGCAUUAGCUGUUCUACUUUUAAGUAAGUUUUAGGGCAGGAUAUGUCUAAACUUGUGAUAAGUUGGUGGCGGAUCUAACUCUUCAAGGAUCUUUAUGAUUUCAAAUUUAUUUACUGUUUGUUGGAUUUUA